AUGUCACCUGCGCAACCAUUCCCCAACAAGUCAUGGUACAGAGGUUCUGACCUCAAGGUCAUAACCUUAAUAUUGACUAAUGUUUGGACGCCAGACAAAUAUCCAGACUGGAAGGGGCCUCCCGGAUUCCUUGCUGGCCUGGAUCCCACUUGGAUUCCCAGCCAUCUCCGCCAGUGUGCUUUUUGCGAAGCCGUGGUUUGCAGUUGCAUAUAUACAAUUGUUCGUCAGGAUGGACCAUCCAUUAAGGCAACACCGAACAUGGGUGAAGGAGCUUGGGCAGGAACCGACUACGAGGCUGGUGAGUUUCUGGGCGAGUUGGUGGGCGAAAUAGCGCCCAUUGGAUACUAUACCGAUGGUUGGGCAGCCGACCUCUCCCGCGACGACCUUUCUCCAGACGGCAAGAAUGUUGUAUGGUGUCAAAUAUAUCCCCGCUAUAUGGGAAACUGGUAUUCUACUACCAAUAUGCAGACCACCAGUUUCGAUCACCUAGAGCCCCAGUCAAUUUUAUGGAAAACUUGGUAUUUCCUUAAAAACCCAGCCCUCAACGUUCCAAGAUCUGCAGAGUCCCAUAUCUCCCGACUUCCUGCUUCCUGGCUGGGGAUCGCAACCAGAGAUAUCAUUGGAAGAAGGAACACUCCAGCUGGUGCGGACGCGCUCCUUAACCUUCCAAGCGACAUUGCUGUCAUCUGUCAGGUCUCUGCCUCCCCAUACAGUCUGGAAGAUAGUGACAUCUCCGUUGUCCAACUCAGAUGUGCGUUUUUGAAGCUCAGACCAGUUACAAUCACGCUCAGGUGUCCGAUUGUUAACUUCGGACCAGUUAUGAUCAAGUUCAGUUUUGCGUAA